CAGCUGUUCAGUCUCGCUUGAAGACAGAUUACAGAAGGACAAGGCCAAAUCCAGAUUUUGUGGUGUGCAAAUUUACCCUGGUGUGUUAUUGCUACCAGGGGAUCUGACCUCAGCCAGGAGCAGUGAGAGCCUCCUCUCCCCAGCCAUGCUGAGCACUGGCCUAGGACUGCUGAUGCUGGUGGCAGUGGUUGAAUUUCUCAUCGGUUUAAUUGGAAAUGGAGUCCUUGUGGUCUGGAGUUUUAGAGAAUGGAUCAGAAAAUUCAACUGGUCCUCAUAUAACCUCAUUAUCCUGGGCCUGGCUGGCUGUCGAUUUCUCCUGCAGUGGCUGAUCAUUUUGGACUUAAGCUUGUUUCCACUUUUCCAGAGCAGCCGUUGGCUUCGCUAUCUUAGUAUCUUCUGGGUCCUGGUAAGCCAGGCCAGCUUAUGGUUUGCCACCUUCCUCAGUGUCUUCUACUGCAAGAAGAUCAUGACCUUCGAUCGCCCGGCCUACUUGUGGCUGAAGCAGAGGGCCUAUCAUCUGAGUCUCUGGUGCCUUCUGGGCUACUUUAUAAUCAAUGUGUUACUUACAGUCCAAAUUGGCUUAACGUUCUAUCAUCCUCCCCAAGGAAACAGCAGCAUUUGGUAUCCCUUUGAAAGCUGGCAGUACCUGUAUGCAUUUCAGCUCAAUUCAGGAAGUUAUUUGCCUUUAAUGGUGUUUCUUGUUUCCUCUGGGAUGCUGAUCGUCUCUUUGUAUACACACCACAAGAAGAUGAAGGCCCAUUCAGCUGGUAGGAGGGAUGCCCGGGCCAAGGCUCACAUCACUGCCCUGAAGUCCUUGGGCUGCUUCCUCUUACUUCACCUGGUUUAUAUCUUGGCCAGCCCCUUCUCCAUCACCUCCAAGACUUAUCCUCCUGAUCUCACCAGUGUCUUCAUCUGGGAGACACUCAUGGUGGCCUAUCCUUCUCUUCAUUCUCUCAUAUUGAUCAUGGGGAUUCCUAGGGUGAAGCAGACUUGUCAGAAGAUCCUAUGGAAGACGGUGUGUGCUUGGAGAUGCUGGGGCCCAUGAUCUGGGAAGAAAAGUGUGAUCAGGGCACUCUUGGGACGCUCUUUUGAUAGCUGUCUAUAGGGGAGCUGCCUUCCAUGUCUUUUAAGAUUUUCCUUCUUUUACACCAAUCUAAUGAAUGAGCAACAGAAAAUACGGAUCAAAAACCAAUACUAUUUCUCUUUUGGCAAUGCAAAGUACAUUUUUUUAAUGUACCACAGAAAUCAA